GCCUCGGUGCCUCCGUGUCGUGUCGUGCCCGUCCCGUGCCGCCCCACUUGCACUUGGACUCGCCACUUGCUCGCUGUUGCCGGGCCGGCCUACCGCCUCCUACCCAGCCUCCGACCACCGCCUCGCCGCCCUCGUGCGUCCCUCGUCCAACUCCAAUGGCCGCGCCCUGCCACCUCCACCUCCACCUCCACCUCCCGGGCUGCCCCCAAACCCUAGCCCUGCCCCUGCCCUCGCCGCGGGGCUUCUCCGCUCGGCCCGGCCUCCGCUCCCGCUCCCGCCUCCGCCUCCGCCCGGUCGCCGCGCUCGGCCCCGCCGACGCCGGCGACCUGCUCGGCCGCGUCGAGGCGUUCCUCUACACCGUCGCGGACGCCGCCGUCUCCGCGGCGGAUCCCGUCGUGACGGCCGCCGACGGCGGGACCAAGGAGGCCGCCGGGGACUGGCUCUCCGGCAUCACCAACUCCAUGGAGACCGUGCUCAAGGUUCUGAAAGAUGGUCUAUCAGCUCUUCAUGUUCCUUAUUCAUAUGGCUUUGCAAUAAUUCUCCUCACUGUUCUUGUUAAGGCAGCUACAUUUCCUCUAACAAAGAAGCAGGUUGAGUCUGCACUUGCAAUGAGGUCACUGCAACCUCAAGUGAAGGCCAUUCAAGAACGAUAUGCUGGUGAUCAGGAAAGGAUACAACUUGAAACUGCUCGCUUAUACAAGUUAUCUGGUGUUGACCCACUUGCAGGAUGCUUGCCUACCCUUGUGACAAUACCAGUUUGGAUUGGUCUAUACAGAGCUCUCUCAAAUGUAGCUAAUGAGGGACUUCUGACUGAAGGCUUUUUUUGGAUACCUUCUUUGGCUGGUCCUACAACAAUUGCUGCUCGACAAAAUGGCCAGGGAAUAUCCUGGCUUUUUCCUUUUACUGAUGGUCAUCCACCUCUUGGCUGGUCAGACACUUUGGCAUACCUUGUGUUACCAGUUCUUCUUGUCAUUUCACAAUACAUAUCUACUCAAGUAAUGCAGCCACCACAGAGCAAUGAUCCUAGCCAACAAGGUGCUCAGGCUGUAACAAAGUUCUUACCAUUGCUAAUUGGUUACUUUGCUCUUUCAGUGCCUUCUGGACUAGGUCUGUAUUGGCUUACAAAUAAUAUCCUCAGUACUGCACAACAAGUGUGGCUUCAAAAACUUGGAGGUGCAAAAAAUCCUGUCAAAGAAUAUAUUGACGUACUCUCAAGAGAAGAAUCGACUACUGUUCAGAAGAAUGAAUCUACUGUUCAGAUUGAACCUCUCCCUAAACUUAGUAAACCCCAACCCAGCCAAGAGCCGAAACCAAGUGGGCCACAACGUGGUGAAAGAUUUAGGAAACUAAAGGAGGAAGAAUCAAGGAGAAAAGAGGUUCUGGGACAAGCAAAACAAUCAGAACAGUCAAGUUCUGAAUCUAGCUUCCUAGAUGAAACACAAAAUUCUGAUAUGUCUUCUGGAGACAAAAAAGAUCAACAGGAGUCUCAUGAAAAUGGACCGAUCGUAACUAAUAGCAAUGGUGGAGUCAACCAUAGUAGAAAUGAAAAGGCUCAGAAUUUAUCCUCAGAAAAGGAAGCAGCCGACGAUCAUUCCUCAGUAAGCAAACCUGUCUCACCGGAUGCCCGCAAAUUAACGGACCAAGAGAAUGGAAACGAUGCAGUAUAGAGAGUGGAUGUUAGCGACGCUAGUCGUUCUACUGCUUUUACAUGUUCACUGCAAAUCAGUGACUGAGGCGUUGCUGCUUCAUCGACGCACUGUUCUGAAUCCACGGACCACGGACGGAAGGGUAUAGCUGUCACCACGCUACAGCUACAGGAGACCCAGGAAUCACACGAAGAUGCAACAGGAGGCAAAAUUGUUUUAAACCAGAAACCACGCUCUAGGACUAGGGCCUUUUUUUUUCCUAGAAUUUGUGGCUGUACUGUAGGUUAUGUGGAGCAUAUAGAUAGGAGAGGAUCCAAACGAGUAUUAUGUUGUCCAGCUGGGAUUGGAUGGGAUGGAUGCAAGGUGGCUGUGAUAAAUGUACAUCUCCCAUCCUCGCCUGAUUUUGACCGUGCAAUUCGCUAAUUUACUUUAGGCCGCAGUGUACCUCGUGACAAUAAGGACCGAAAUUUUUUCGUGACACUGUAGCACUUUGGUUUGUUUAUGGUAAUUAUUGUCCAAUUAUA